CGAUUUCUGUCUAUUAACACACUAUCAUAUGGUGAUCUGCUGUUUGAAUAGGAAAUGAAUAUAAUGGAUUUCUUCGAAAUUUCCUACACUAACACUAAAAUUUAGACUUAUAGACUAUCGGCAUAAAUACGUUCAAAUUUGAUAUACUCCUAGGCAAACACUUAUGACAUAAUAAACAUCUGAUUGGGUCAACUAAUCAGAUUAAAUCAAUGUUUAGCCGAUUGCAUAUAAUUUUCAUGGAAUAAUUCGGUAGCGGGUGGAUGUUUCCUGGUAUCCCCAACUUGUCAAGCUCCUUCUGAAUGCACUUUUUCCUUCAAGAAGAAGAAUCAUUGACAGUUGAAUGUUGAUACUCUCGUUUGUAGAUUGUUUAGGACUCGACUUCAAGAGAUUGCCUGGGAAAUAUGGAUAUGCUGGACGCGGAGGAGUUUCCUGUGGAAGCUGACAGCUCUGAAGGGGAUAAAGAAAAGAAACCUCGCCCGAUCAUUCGCACCGCCGUCGACCUGCAGCGUUUGAAACUGGAGAAAUUAAUGAAAAAUCCUGACAAACCAGUGAUCAUACCGGAAACACCCAAAGAAAAAGAUUUUCUCCAAUCAGUCCCAACAUUUGUACGAAAUGUGAUGGGCUCAAGUGCAGGCGCUGGUUCUGGUGAAUUUCAUGUAUAUCGCCAUCUGCGUCGGAAGGAAUACGCCCGCCAAAAAUUCAUACAGGCAAAGAGUCUUCGAGAACAAUUGGAUGAUGAAUUCCAAGCUAAGUUGGAGAAGAAUCGUCUCGAUGCAGAGAGUAAAACUGCGAAGAAACGGGCAAAACGCCAGAAGAAGAAACAAAAGAUGAAGCAACGCGGCAAGAAACCAAAAACUGAUAAUCAAAAUGAGGCAAUCGGGGGUGGAAGCAGCCAUGAUAGUUCAGAGAGUGAACAAGAGGAAAGUGAUGAGGGAAAAUCUGGUGGAAAUGAAAGGUGCGAUAAUGAAAAAACAAAGGAUGAAGCCGCGAGAAAGCUGAAUGAUGUCGAAAAUAGUUCCGAAAAGCUCAAAGAUACAAUUAAUGCUGAAGACCGAGAACCGAAUGAUGACUCUGAACAGCCUAACAAAUUUGAUGAACUCAAAGAUAAUGAAAUCGAGGCGGAUAAAUGUUCGCCAGGGGAUAACAAAAGUGAUUGAAUACUAUUAAGAUGUUAGGUUUAAUAAAGUGUUUAAAUUGAUUUCUUUCAAUUAA